AUGUUCAGAAAAAUUAAAGAAGCAUCGGAGAAUGGAAAUGAUAUGUUUAGAAAUGGCACAGCACACGAAGCAGUAGAAAUAGUGACAAUGCCAAAAUUUGCUAAAAUAUUAAGAGAAAUUGCUGAAAAAGUUCGAGAUGGAUUUUAUAAAGGAUAUGUUGCAGAAGCUAUUGUUCAAUUAAUACAGAGUGAAGAUGGUUUAAUGACACUUGCAGAUUUAGUAGAACAUCAAUCAAUACCUGUUCAACAUAUUUCAAUUACAUAUAAUAUGAAAAAUAUUCCACCAGUUCGAGUUUGGGAAUGUCCAUCAAAUGGACAAGGUAUUAUUGCUCUUAUGGCUAUUAGAAUAGUAGAACAAAUGCAAAAACAAAACAAAAUACCUUCUUUAGAUAAAUUAGAACAUAAUUCAGCUGAUAUCUUCAUGCUCUCAUUGAAGCUCUUCGUUUAG